AGCGGAUCUCUUCGUCUUCUUCAGGCUUUGGGGGUGCAAGAAUCAAAAACCGCAGCAGCUGGGGUGGGUCUACUUCUAAAAACCUGGAGGUUUUACUAGGGCUUUAUUAUUGAUCUCCUCCCUCUUUCUACACCUGUUUCAGUUUCAGCUUCAGCCAGUGCCUGCAACGCCACCUAAUUUCGCUCCCGAAACGAUGAAUUGUUUCAAGCCCAAUGCUUCUUCCACCCUUAGAUUUCUCCAAUUCGUUGCACAUUCCAGACAUCUCUCCACCCUCUCCCCAUUCUCUCCAGCCCGCUCUUCCUUUCUCUUCUCCAAUAACCCUAUUUCUCCUCCACCUCCUUCUCUCCUCUCACCUCCUCUCUUCUCUGCCACCUCCAUCCGCUAUCUUCGUAUUGGUCGAGAUCCCAACAUCAGCUAUGAGAUUACUCCUCCUGUAAAUUGGGGUAUUCGAAUUGUCCCGGAGAAGAAGGCUUAUGUGAUCGAACGAUUUGGAAAGUAUGUGAAGACACUUCCCUCGGGAAUUCAUUUUUUGAUUCCAUUUGUCGAUCGCAUAGCUUAUGUGCAUUCCUUGAAGGAGGAAGCUAUCCCUAUUCCGGACCAGUCUGCUAUCACAAAGGACAAUGUCAGCAUUUUGAUAGAUGGGGUGCUUUAUGUUAAGAUAGUGGACCCCAAGCUGGCAUCUUAUGGAGUUGAGAGUCCCAUAUAUGCUGUUAUUCAGCUUGCUCAGACUACAAUGCGUAGUGAGCUUGGGAAGAUUACUCUUGACAAAACAUUUGAGGAAAGAGAUACGCUGAAUGAGAAGAUAGUGGAGUCUAUCAAUGUAGCUGCAAGGGACUGGGGACUGCAGUGCCUUCGAUAUGAAAUAAGGGAUAUUUCUCCCCCUCGUGGGGUGAGAGCGGCUAUGGAGAUGCAAGCUGAAGCAGAACGCAAAAAGAGAGCUCAAGUUCUUGAGUCUGAAGGAGAAAGGCAGGCCAACAUCAAUAUUGCUGAUGGAAAGAAGAAUGCAGUUAUAUUAGAAUCUGAAGCUGCAAAAAUGGAUCAAGUUAACAGAGCGCUAGGUGAAGCUGAGGCCAUCCUCGUAAAAGCCCAAGCAACAGCCAAAGGACUCGCUCUUGUGUCACAGGCCCUCAAAGAAAGUGGAGGUGUCGAGGCUGCUAGUUUGAGAAUCGCUGAGCAGUAUGUACAAGCCUUCAGUAAUAUUGCCAAAGAGGGCACCACAAUGUUGCUUCCGAGUUCAGCGGCAAAUCCAGCUAACAUGAUGGCUCAAGCCCUUACUAUAUAUAAGAGCCUCAUUGGCAAUGUUUCUGGCGGUGAAGCCAGAACUAGUGGAUUAAAUGAAGGCAUACAGGAGGGCAAUCUGGCUGCAGAAAUCGGGGGAGAUAACAACCAAACUGUUAGAGUUAGUGACGAAGUUGAAAAUGGGAGCCCAGGAUUUUCUCUACAGAAUCCCAAGAAUGCGGCAUAGUAAAUUGAUUUAACCAACCUAGUGAAGGGUUUCCUUUCUUAUGGCUGUAGUUUUUUUUUUCUUCUUUUGGGUGAGAGGACACUGUACCUGUACCAGUACAGAGGCCACUCGAAAUUCAUUCUCUAUCCAAUAUUGUUUCUUACGAGUCUUCUCUUAUGCUCUGGGGCUGCGGGAUUGCUUCAGAUUCAUUGGCGCAAAAGCAUUUCUUAUUUCAUCAAGAAUGUCUGUCUGUCUUGACAAAUUCAUAUAAGCCCACUGUUUCGACAAUAAAUAUUUUAAUUUCUAUUCAUUUCAAC